CGUGGAACAGCUUCCAUUUUAUUUUUUAAACGGUGGUAUUGGCAUGACACGUCGUGAAAGUUGCGAUUCUGGAAAAUGGCAGCUGAUGAUGAUGCUGAGGUGUUUGAGAUCACAGAUUUCACAACAGCAUCAGAAUGGGAAAGAUUUAUAUCUCGAGUAGAAGAGAUACUACAUGAAUGGAAACUGGUGAGCUCUCCACCUAGACUGCCAGCUCCAAAGGAAGCUUACACAAAUGGCACAUGGGAAGAAAAGACAGAAGAGCUGACAUUUGCCAAUUUCAAGUUCUCUCUAACACACAGUUGGUUAAAAUCAAAGGAUGAAAAGACUGAGAAGUCUGCAGAGAAAGAGAGUGGAGAGGAAGAUGAUGACAAUGAUAGAGAGAUAACCCCAACUGUGUAUGGAGAUUUAAUGAACAUGGACAAUGAUUUCCCAUCCAGAGCACAUUGUAUAUGUAGAUGGUAUGGACUACAAGACUUUGUGACACUGAGUCCUGGCAACAAUACUGAAGCAGUUCUAGGAGAAAGUAAAGCCAAACUGUUACUGUCUUCUGUAAACAUUGCAUUAACAGAUGCAGGAUGCUGUGUACCAAUUUUUGUACAAAUACACCAGAAGUGGAGACGGUUAUACCAAGGAACCUGUGUGUUGCCAGGCUCUAACAUAGAAUUUGGUAUGGUACAUUUAAAGAGGACUCCAGCCCAGUAUAAUCAUCUAGCUGGACUACUGGAUGUCUUUAAGUCUAAACUGGGUUCUGUUGCUGAUCCACGGCCACCAGUGUCUGUUGCUGUCAGGUUCCUUUAUGGACUGUAUGACUGGGUUAACUCCCCUUGGACACAAGCACUUCCAGUUCGUAGCAGUAAAGUCAGAAAACUAAAUGAUUAUGAUGAUGAGGUUGGAUGUUCCGGGUUUGAUCAGCUGCCGUUUGGGGCCUGUGAAGAUCCUGUCAGUGCCUUGAGUUUAUACUGCACAUGGCCAAGUCUGUCAGAGGAUAUGAUUGUAGAAAAUCAAGUUUAUUCUGACCUUGACCCAUUGCAAGCUCCACAUUGGUCAGUUAGAAUACAGAUGACAGAGGAUCCACAAUGUCUCCUAGGAGAGUAUCUGAUUAAUUUUUUGGCACUGUGCCACAGAAAAGAGACAUUAGACCAGCUGAUUGGAGGAUUUGGCUCAGAAAUGAGAGAAAGUGAUUCUGCGGGAGAAAUAAGCAAUGCUCUUCAGAAGUUGACCGAGCCAUCAGUUGGAUACAACAUUCCUUCAUUAACAUCAUAUGUCUCACAACCACAGAAACAGGCAACCAAAACCAGGGAUGCUCCCAUACAGGGGGAACUUCUGGACCAAAUUCUGCAAUUCCUGUUCCCUGAUGCAGCCAAACCAAUGUCUGUAGACAAGUCAGAUAGUGCGGAGACAAACACAACUCUGCAGACCUCUCAAACUGUCAGGGAACUCCCCAAACAGUUAAAGUCAGCACCAGUAGAUGGACUGUUACACAAGCUGUCUAUAUGUCUGUGUGUGUUGAAUCACAACCGUGGUGGUCUGUUUGCUGUAGCCCAGAUAUGGCAAGAGUUUGUACUAGAGAUGAGAUACAGAUGGGAACAUAACUACUUUAUAGAAGGGUUAGAAAAGGGACCUCCAAAUUUAGGAUCUUGUUUACUCCAUCAAAAAUUACAGAUGUUAAAUUGCUGUAUAGAACAUAAGAAAAAAAGGGAACAACUUCAUAAAGGUUAUACAGGGGAACUUGACUCACCUCCAAAUUCCCCGUACAGGGGCCCAUCAACUUCACAGGUGUCAAGGUCAAUGUCUCAAGAGGAUGCUUUCAAUAUCCAAUCAGAUAACAGUGCUGGACAGAAUGAUUGUGACAUGAAUCAGGCUGGGGCAUCUGGACACCAGUCAAGUGACAGUGCAGAAAAAUCGAGAAAACCAAGUGCAAUAAAAAGUUUAAAUAAGACUGGUUCCCAAAGACUUGCAAGUUCAGGAGAGUCUAGUGAUGAAGAUGAAUUCUUUGAGUGUAAUGAUGAUGAGAAUAACCAGUCUGGUGAAAAAGAUGAAGAUACUUCAGCAGAGAACCAGACUACAGAAACUGGUAAUGAAAGCCAGUCUGUUGAUAAUGAUGAUAACCAGACUGAAACUGAAAUGGAAUGUGAACCAGUCAAUACUUCACAGACUAGUUCUCUAAAUACAUCAUUGACUGAGUCUCAAAUAAGAGAAAUGACUGGUUCUGAGCAAAGACAAAGUGUUAGCAAUGUUUCUGUAGUAAGUGACUCAGCAUUUAAGGAGAGCUAUUCCUAUAAACCAGAAGGAAGGCUGGCACCUUUCCAAGAGUUAAAGUUGGUAAAUUGUGAAGAAAAAAUGUACAUACCAAUAACACAGGAGCCAGCUCCAAUGACCGAAGAUAUGUUGGAAGAACAUGCUGAAGUUCUUGCAAAACUUGGGACAUCUGCAGAAGGAGCAGAGUUGAGGGCCAGGAUGCAGAGUGCUUGUCUCUUGUCAGAUAUGGAGUCAUUUAAGGUACAGACAUUUUGUUAUUUUUAUAUAACAGUUUCCAGCCUAUACACAGCAAGAUUAUAUUUAAAUCUUAGCACUAAUCCUGGUUGGUGCCCUUUGGGAAGACUUUGUAAGUGGUAUUCUCCCGAGAUUGGAUUGAAGAAACUGUUGAAGAUGAAAAAUGGAGAUGUUAAGAAUGGUGUAGCCAUCAAGACAGAUGAGACAAAGGAAGCUGAGAAGGUUCUUCAUUUCCUGUCAGCACUGAAGCCAGCAGAUGUUGUGGUUCAUUUAAUGCCUAUGUUAAUACAUGCUGCCCUUCUUAAAGCCAUGGAAAAUGAUGACCCUAAGAUACCUGUAUUGAAACAGGUGAUAGAACAGGCAUGUCUGAAAGCUUCUCAAGUGACCAGGUCACCACAACAAGAUGCUAAAAGAUAUGAGGAAUUAAUCAGAAUAAUAAUGCAGGCAGAAAUCAUCAUAGCACGAAAUCUCUCGCUGCAGUCCAAGUUUACAUUUGAUCUGCUUGAGAGGCCUGAUGCCAGACAGGAGCUUGAACAUUUUGUGGCGACAAUUCUACAGAACUCUGAGGUUCCGGUGAGAGGCGGGCCAAUGGGUCCAGCAGGGAACGUCAUCAGUAAAUUGUUCCAGGCUGCACAGAGGGCGUCCUAUAUGAUACUGGAUGAAGAAGACACUGAGACCAAAAUGGAAGAUGACGAUGACGUUAGACUUAAUAGUUCUGUUCCGAAUUUCCCCAGACCUUCAGCAAGGGAAUAUAUUUUAAGGACAUAUGUACCGAGGCCAGCUCCAUACUCCAAACAUUUACCACAAAGGUUGUUUUGUUCUAUUGAAGAAGACGAGUUUAGGAUUGCUGGUGCAUUUUCUAGUGAUUCUGUGUUUCAGUGAAGUGUUUCACUCGUGACUUUGUAUGUUAAUAGCAUAUGCUACUCUUUUUAAAGUGAUAAACUGGUGAUGAACUAUUUCUGUGAACAGUUUCAUCAGGUGAUAAACUAUUUCACAGAUUUCUUAAUCGAUUCAAAGAAGUAUUUAAGUGAUGAUUUUGUAUGUUAGUGAAAUGUAUUACACUUGCUUUCAUUUAUUGACUGAUUAUAAGCUGUUUCACUGUUGACAGGAAUGUAGGGAAAAUAUUUAGUUGUGACUGAAUGUUACACUUGUUGUUGUUCAUUGAUAGGUUGGUAUAGUAAACAAUUUCAGUGACGUUUAUGUGUGUAAGUGAAAUAUGUCACAUUUGCUAUUGUUUACAUGUAUUGAAAUAAUAUACAGGUGAUUAACUGUUUCAAUGAACUGUUUUUAGCUCACCUGAGCCAAAGGCUCAUGGUGAGCUAUUGUGACUGCUCAAUGUCCGUCGUGCGUCCUGCGUCAUCCGUCCGUCAAUAUUUCCUAAAAAAAUCUUCUUUUUGAAAACCACUGGGCAGAAUUACACAAAACUUUGCAGGAAUGUUCCUUGGGUGGCCCCCUUUCAAAAUUGUUCAAAGAAUUGAAUUCCAUGCAGAACUCUGGUUGCCAUGGCAACCGAAAGGAAAAAGUUUAAAAAUCUUCUUGUCCAAAUCCACAGGGCCUAGGGCUUUGAUAUCUGGUUUGUAGCACCAUCUAGUGGUCCUCUACCAAAAUUGUUCAAAUUAUCCCCCUAGGGUCAAAUAUGGCCCCGCCCUGGGGGUCACAUGGUUUAUAUAGACUUAUAUUGGGAAAACUUUGAAAAUUUUCUUGUACAAAACCACAUGGCCUAGUGCUUUGAUAUUUGGUAUGUAGCAUCAUCUAAUGGUCCUCUACCAAGAUUGUUCAAAUUAUCCCCCUAGGGUCAAAUAUGGCCCCGCCCCGGGGGUCACAUGGUUUAUAUAGAGUUAUAUAGGGAAAACUUUGAAAAUCUUCUUGUACAAAACCACAUGACCUAGGGCUUUGAUAUUUGGUGUGUAACAUCAUCUAGUGGUCCUCUACCAAGAUUGUUCAAAUUAUCCCCCUAGGGUCAAAUAUAGCCCCGCCCUGGGGGUCCCAAGUUUUACAUAGACUUAUAUAGGGAAAAAAGUUUAAAAAUCUUCUUGUCUGAAACCACAACUCUUAGACCUUUGAUAUUUGGUUUGUAGCAUUGUCUUAUGGUCCUCAACCAAAAUUGUUCAAAUUGUACCCCUGGGGUGAAAAGAGGCCCAGCCUUGGGGGUCCCAAGUUUCAUAUAGACUUAUAUAGGAAAAUGCUUUAAAAAUCUUCUUGUCAGAAGCCAUAUGGCCUAGGCUUUUGAUAUUUGGUAUGAUGCAUUGUCUAGUGGUCCUCUAUCAAAAUUGUUCAGAUUAUGCCCCUGGGGUUAAAAGAGGCCCCGCCCUGGGGUCACUUAGUUAUUAUGUGAGUUAUAUAGGAAAAAUAUCUAAAAAAUCAUCUGAUCUUAUUUCCAAGACUAUUUGAUUAUAAUUACCUGAUGACCCCAAGUAAUAUGGUGUCACUUGAUUGUGACCUUGACCUACUGACCUACUUUCUUGUUUUUUAAGAUACAGCCUUGAAAUAUUGAUGACUUACAAAGUUUUGCACACAAAUCUUAAAACUAAAUUUUAUUGACCAUGAAUGUGACCCACUGACUUCCCUCUUGUUUGAAUUAUGCCCCUGGGGUGAAAAGAGGCCCCGCCCCAGGGAUCACUUGAUAUAUGAGUUAUAUAGGAAAAAAUACUUAAAAAAUUAUCAGAUCAUGUUUCCUGGACUGUUUAAUUAUAAUUACCCAGUGACGCCAAAUGAUAAGGGUCAUCUGACUAUGACCUUGACCUACUGACCUACUUUCUUGUUUUUUAAGAUACAGCCUUGAAAUUUGGAUGAUAUGUACAGUUUUAUACACUAAUCUUAGAACUGACUUUCAGUGACCAUGAAUAUGACCUACUUACCUACAUUCUUGUUUUUGAAGCUUUAGCAAAGAAAUUUGUUCAAGUGAGCAACUUAACUCAGGUGAGCGAUAUAGGGCCAUCAUGGCCCUCUUGUACUGAUGAUUCCAAAUAUUAGAGAAAUGUUUCACUUGUGACCCAGUGUCACACUUGCUGUGAUGUAUUUUUAAUUAAAUGUUUCAAAGAAGA